AUGAGACCUUCUCCUGCUAACACAGGCACAGCAGCGAGUGCGAGGCUGAUAAAUCGUAUCUCUUGUAUUAUACCUUUCCUUUCUGCUUUUUUUUUUUUUCUUUUUUAACGGAGAUUUUAUAGUUCUUUAAGAUCAUAGAAAGCACCUGCCAGUUGCUUUUUCUUCCCUUUUGACUCCCUUCUUCUGCCUCGUGCAAGAUGGAGCUAGAAAAUGAAAUGAUCAGCUCCUCCAGCAAUUCUUCAGCAGGCUCCAGAGAGUACAAGGUGGUGAUGCUAGGAGCAGGGGGAGUUGGCAAAAGCGCAAUGACAAUGCAGUUUAUAAGCCAUCGGUUCCCUGACUAUCAUGAUCCAACUAUAGAGGAUGCCUACAAAACUCAAGUCCGAAUUGAUGAUGAACCAGCCUAUUUGGAUAUUCUAGACACUGCUGGACAGGCAGAAUUCACAGCCAUGAGGGACCAAUACAUGCGAGGCGGAGAAGGCUUCAUUAUCUGCUAUUCCAUCACAGACCGUCAAUCCUUUCAAGAAGCUGCUGAGUUUAAGGAACUCAUUUAUCGUGUCCGGCACACCUAUGAUAUCCCCUUGGUACUGGUUGGAAACAAAAUAGAUCUUGAAGAGUUCAGACAGGUCUCGACUGAAGAAGGAAUGAGCUUAGCCAGAGAAUACUCCUGCUCCUUUUUUGAGACUUCUGCUGCCCUUCGCUUCUACAUUGAUGAUGUCUUUCAUGGACUAGUGAGGGAAAUCCGAAGGAAAGAGUCCUCACUGCCCAUGGCAGAGAAGAAGAUGAAGAGGAAGGAUAGUCUGUGGCGGAAGCUGAAAGGAUCCCUGAAGAAAAAAAAAGAAAGUACAACUUGAUGGCAGUUCCUCAUGAGCCACCCCUCAGGAGCUGACCACAAUAACCUGUAACAGUUUGAAAAGGCAGCAUUGACACAGCAUCUUCCAGACAAGGUCCUGGAGUUUCUUCCCUUCCCUCAUGCAGAAGUAGCUCCUUGAAGGCCCAAUUCAUGGUUGCCCUGUGGCUCCUCUGUAUUAUAUAUCAAGUCACUUAGCACUCAUCCCCUCUCUCCAUAUCUGAGUGGAGAAAAUACUUUGCUUUUUCCCUGUGGUCCCUGGCUGGUCUUCAAAGGCUAGGAAUUGAGCCAGCAUCCAGGACAGAACAGCUUCUAUCAUUUCUAGAGUAAGGGAUGCACGUAUUACCUCCUCUCUGUCCAUGCAUGGGUCGUUUCUUCAUCCUGGGAAUGAUUAAUUUUCAUUUCAAUGGACAUUUUGACUGUUUAAGGACUGUAGGAUUUGACCUUCAGCUUUGCAUUCACACGUAGGUUUAGGGUUAGACUGUGCUCAGUCUGUGUGUCUGUGUGUGUGAGCUGGGACCAGGGGAAACACUGGGGGCUCACAAUUUUAACCCUGUAGAUCCCUAUCCUGACCAUGUUCUUUCCAUUUAGCAGGAAGGGUUGGCAAUCAUAUCACAAGUCCCACACUAGCCGUCCAGAAGGUUGUAGGGUUAUAGCUCCAUCUCUUCUACUUACUCAUCAGAACUGGCUAGCAGAGGUACAUUGUCCUACAGAUUGGCCACACUCAUGCAGCCCACCAAGGAAUGCACAAAAAACACUUCCCAGAGCAGUGCAACUCUGUCCCACCAUAGUGUCUGCAAUGUAGCAUUCAGCCCUUGACAUACUACAGAAUUGCAUCAGGACGGUCACUGUCUUUCACUGUCCAUGACCAUCCAAGUGAAUCAUUUUAUUGAUCAGCUGGACAGGUCUUUUAAAUAUUCCUUUUUAAAGCUAGCAUGAAGUAGAAUAUUGUCUCAUUUACUUUUUUUUUUUUUUCAAACUUCUUUUAAUAUUUACUUUAUUUAUAAAUUUUACAAGUAAGUCAUGCAUACAUUUUGUCAAAAAAUAAAGAUCAUGAAU